UCUCUCUCUCCCUCUCCCUGUCUGUCUGUCAGUCAUCAUAUACAGAAUGGAGUAUUACAUGGAUGAUCAGAAAUGGAGAUUGUCCAAGAAUGAUACUUACACUCACUCAUCAUGUUCAUCCUCAAAGCCACCACCACUCAUGAGGAGUUUCUCCCAGAAAAAUCCUUCUUCUUCUUCCAAGCAUUCGCUGCCUCGGAGCUAUUCGCAGAAGAGUUCAGCCUCCAAGAGCUCAUCAAACAAGAGCAACUUCACCCGCAAGUGCAGCAACUUGGCCAAGGAACAGAAGGCGAAGUUCUACAUUGUUAAGCGCUGCAUCGGCAUGCUUGUUCAUUGGAACAAGCAUGGAGAUUCUUAGAAACAAGGCAGAUAGUUCACCAGGAAUGAAUUGAAGAGUCUUCUUCUUCUCUUCUUCUUCUUUUGCUCUGAUCCCCAGAUGCAUUCUUUUUGCCAUUCCAUGGAGGACAAUAAGAUUAUAAUUAUAUCAUCAUUAUAUGUUAUAUAUGACUCUUAUGUAUCUGAGAAUGGAAAUGUGGUUCCAAUUCAAACAGGGUGAUGAUCACUGAGGGUGUUAGCAGCUGCAACAGUGCAGAAAUGUACUAUUAUAUAUAUAUAUAUAUAUAUAUAUAUAUAGGUUUGAAAUGAAAAUGGUGUUUGCUGAAUAUGAUUCACAUCA